AUGGGGGACCAGAGGCCGCGGGACCAGCCGAGGUCCCCGGGCACGGACUGCAAGCCCUGGUACUGUGACAAACCGCCUUCCAAGUACAUCGCGAAGCAUAAGCACAGGCGCCUGAGGUUCCCGCCAAUGGACACCCAGAACUGAAACUGGGUAUUUGUAAAGGAGAGCAUGGACAACUUCCACUAUGGCUGUCCGUCUCCCAAAGAUAUGCUCAUUUGUAGCCUUAAUGAGUUCUUACUCCCCAAAAUCUCUCACGGAGGUCCCCAAGCUGACCCCAAAAGCAGGCAGAAAAAGCUGCUCAAGAAAGUGGCCCUGUUUUCCAAGCUCUUGCCAGCCCAGCCAGCAUGGAAGGCAUUCGUAGAGGGAGCCCAGCUGAUGGCCAAGCAUCCCUUGGCCAUGUACCCCAAUCUGGGAGAAGAUAUGCCUCCAGAUCUCCUACUACAGGUGCUGAAACCGCUGGAUCCUGAGAGGAAGCUGGAGGACGCAUGGGCUCGUGAGGGCUGGAAGAAGACAACCAAGGCACCCACCGAGCCUGGUAAAUACCCCUGUGGGGAAUUCUGCCCGAGGCCUCCUGAGACUCAGGUGUUCCAUCUCCACCCGGAGCCUCCCAAGACUCCGGUGUCCAGUCACCCAGAGCCUCCUGAGACUGGAGUGUCCUAUCUCUGCCCAGAGCCUCCCAAGACUCAUUGGGUCUCCAGCCUCUGCCCGGAGCCCCCCGAGACUGGAGUGUCCCAUCUCCGCGCAGAGCCUGCCAAGACUCGUCGGGUGUCCAGUCUCCGCCUGGAGCCUCUCGAGACUGGAGUGUCCCAUCUCUGCCCGGAGCCUCCCGGGACUCGCGUAUCUCAUCUCUGCCCAGAGUCUCCCAAGACUCUUCAGGUGUCCAUUCUCUGCCCGGAGCCUCCCAAGACUCGUCGGAUGUCUAGUCUCCACCUGGAGCCUUCCAAGACUGGAGUGUCUCAUCCCCGCCUGGAGUCUCCCAAGACUCGUGGGGUGUCCAGUCUUCUCCCGGAGCCUCCCAAGACUCGUCGGGUGUCCAGUCUCUGCCUGGAGCCUCCCAAGACUCGUGGGGUGUCCAGUCUUCUCCCGGAGCCUCCCAAGACUCGUCGGGUGUCCAGUCUCUGCCCGGAGCCUCCCAAGACUGCAGUGUCUCAUCUCCGCCUGGAGCCUCCCAAGACUCGUCGGGUGUCCAGACUCUGCCCGGAGCCUCCCAAGACUGGUCGGGUGUCCAGUGUCCUCCCGGAGCCUCCCAAGAAUCGUCGGGUGUCCAGUCUCUGCCCGGAGCCUCCCAAGACUCGUCGGGUGUCCAGUCUCUGCCCGGAGCCUACCAAGACUGCAGUGUCUCAUCUCCGCCCCAAGCCUCCCAAGACUCAACGGGUGUCCACUCUCCACCCGGAGCCUCCCAAGAUUCGUUGGGUGUCCAGUCUCUGCCCAGAGCCUCCCAAGACUCGUCGGGUGUACAGUCUCCGCCCAGAGCCCCCCAAGAUGCAGAUGUCCAGCCUCCACCCGGAGCCCCCCAAGACGGAGGUGUCCAGUGUCUGCCCAGGGCCUCCCGAGAUUGGAGUGUCCCAUCUCCACCCGGAACCUCCCAAUACUCAUCGAGUGUCCAGUCUCCUACUACAGCCUGGUAAAUACCCUUGUGGGGAAUUCUGCACGAGGCCUCCCGAGUCUCAGGUGUCCCAUCUCUGCCUGGAGCCUCCCAAGACUCUGGUGUCCAGUCUCCACCUGGGGCCUCCCAAGACUGGAGUGUCCCAUCUCUGCCCGCAGCCUCCCAAGACUCCAGUGUCCAGUCUCUGCCCGGGGCCUCCCAAGACUGGAGUGUCUCAUCUCUGCCCAGAGCCUCCCAAGACUCGGGUGUCCAGUCUCCACCCAGAGCCUCCUGAGACUGGAGUGUCCCAUCUCCACCCAGAGCCCCCCAAGACUCGGAUGUACAGUCUCCACCUGGAGCCUCCCGAGACUGGAGUGUCCCAUCUCUGCCCAGAGCCUCCCAAGACUCUGGUGUCCAGUCUCCGCCCGGGGCCUCCUGAGACUGGAGUGUCUCAUCUCUGCCCAGAGCCUCCCAAGACUCGGGUGUCCAGUCUCUGCCCAGAGCCUCCCGAGACUGGAGUGUCCCAUCUCUGCCCGGAGCCUCCUGAGACUCAUCGGGUGUCCAGUCUCCGCCCGGAGCCCCCCAAGAUGCGGGUGUCCAGUCUCUGCCCAGAACCUCCCAAGACUGUAGUGUUCCAUCUCCGCCCAGAACCUCCCAACCUCCCAACACUCGAACCCACCAAGCCUGGUAAAUACUCUUGUAGGGAAUUCUGCCUACGGCUUCCAGAGACUCGGGCAUCCCAUCUUUGCCCUGAGCCUCCCAAGACUCGUCAGGUGUCCAGUCUCCGCCCGGAGCCUCCCAAGACUAGAGUGUCCCAUCUCUCCCCAGAGCCUCCCAAAGCUCCAGUGUCCCAUCACUUCUUGGAGCCUCCCAAGAUUCGAGCGUCCUGUCUAAAAGAACUGCUUCAGGAAGAUACACCAAGCACAACAGAGUGUGUUUCUGACUCUCUUCAACAUAGAUACACAUCGAGAAAAAUGCAUGACUUCAAGUGGGCUCGAGACAUGGGAGUUGAUGAAGAAUCCAUCAGGAAUCUGUUUGACUUUACCCCCAAGUGGAGAGCAACCUAUGAAAACCAACAGAUUAAGAAGAUAAAAGAAUGGGUCUCAGAGCUGCAAUACAGAAUAAAGCUAGAUGAAAUGGAUGAGGUCGAAUCCUUCUCACAGGAAAAAGACUGGGACAGGAAACUCCAGACGGCACCGAAUUCUUACACUGCACAGUGUGUGAAGAUGAGGUAUGGAGUAUGGUACCUUAAGCCUAAGUUGGGGAAAAAGCUAAGAAGUGAUCAACCUUUGAUUGACCCCAAGCUCUUACUUGAAAAGCCAGAUGAACCCGAUAUUCUUGACGAUCUUUAUGGACCAAUUGCCUUUAAGGAUUUCAUUCUAAGCAAGGGCUAUGAAAUGUCUGGCAUCAUUGAAAGGCUGUGUGCCAGGAAGGGAUGGACUUAUGACUCUGUUACGACUCCUAUUCAACGUGCAAUGAGACUUUACAAGUAGAAAGAAGACGUUACAGACAUAUCAGAAGAAGAUUAG